GUACAACCAUCGGGAAGGGCGAAUAAUAGGUUAUACUUUCUAGGCAUCUCCUUCUCCAUCUGCAAUCGACAAAGCCCUUCGUCGCCUGCGCUUCUUCGUCGAGAUGGAUCCCCGAACCGAUAAGAUCGUGAGGAGAACGACAAUGGUGGCGACCGUAGUUGCUUCCUACUUCCUCUUAACCGCAGAUUAUGGUCCCGAGCCCAACGUCCUUGAUCCUAUUAAAAGGAGGAUAUUAUCAGCUCAAGAUUCUCUCAAAGGGUUCAUCUUUGGAUCGAAGAAAGAGCAAUCGGGGAGUUCAACCGACAAUCAACACUCCGACAGCAACGCAAAAUAAACAUGGCACAUACAGUUAGCGUAGAUGUGUUUUUCUAUGUACAAGUGAACACCAUUUGUCUAGUUUCUGGAUGAAUAAAGGUGCUCAUAUUUUCCAA